ACACCAGGAUUGUGGAUCACGGAGAAGGUUUCUACCCGGGAAUGUCGAUCCCGUGUGCCGACAGCUUCUCCGGCUUCUGCGUUCACGGGAAAUGUGAGAUCAACAAGUACAACAUGGCCACCUGCAGAUGUGACGCAGGAUACAAAGGUCCUCAGUGUGACGAGCCUCAGGACUUCAACAUCCUCUACGUGGUCCCCAGUGGACAGAAGCUGCACUACGUCCUGAUCGCCGCCAUCAUCGGUGCCGUGCAGAUCGCCAUCAUUGUUGCCGUAGUGAUGUGCAUCACAAG